AGUCCAGUCCAGACUAACUGAUUAACGGAUCUCACGGUUAUUAUCAUGGACCGGAGCCGUUUGUUGACUUGUUUUCACGCUGUUGCUACUCAUAAACGGAGAAACUGUGCGUGGAAAUGUCUCUUCUUCAUCUGCUGAAAAAUCACUCCAGUUUGGAUUUUAUCUCAAUUUCAAGAGUUUUUUGUUUUAGGGAAGUUUGAACCAACGGGCGCUCUCCUGAGUUCCUUCUGACGUGUGUGGGAAUGUAACGGUUGCGGGCUAACAUCUCAAAUAACUUUCACAACUCUCAUCUAAUGGAGACACUUUUGGAGUAUUUACACACCUUUUUGUGAUUUUUACGGGCUCUUUCUUGGAGGUGGAAGUGGACUAUGUAUGUGGAAAAAACGGCAAGUUUUCAUCACCUAUAGCUUGAGGCGAAGAAUGCUAUUUUCUGCUCAUUUCAACGGUAAUUUUGUUGUGUUUACGCUAGUUUAAUAACAACAAUGAUUUCUGAGGAGAGAAGCAGCCACGUAAAUAAACAAGCCCUAAACUUCCCAGUGGGUUUACUGAUCCGCUCUCCAAAGAAGCGACUGGCCAAACUGGGGAGGAAACCCAGCAAUGGAUCUGUCCAGUCCAACCACUCGGACACCACUGUCCACUCCACAGAGAGCGUCGGUGUCCGGCAGCCUGCCAAGAGCAAAAUCCGCCGCCACAACAACAGGCUUUCAACUGUUUUUAACCACAGCCCCAACAGUGGACGCCGUGGCAAGGCGCAGGGAAGCGGGAAUCUGGCUGGUGACCCCCAGGCUGCAGACGACCCAGCAGAGCUCUCCAGUCAGAUGUCUGUCCCCGGCAUCCUGAAGAUCUUUGGCAGCGACAUCUGUCAGGGGACGAAUUAUAAAAGCGUGCUGGCCACCACACAGUCCUGUGCAAAGGAACUGGUGAAGGAGGCCUUGGAGAGGUACUGUCUGGAGAAAGAAGACCCCAACGACUAUGUGCUCUGCGACGUGAUCGGCCAGACGGGUGCAGACAACCAGUGGAAGAGGGAAUGUUUCCGUGUGGUGGGAGACAACGAGAAGCCCCUCAUGCUGCAGUCACUUUGGAAACCCAAGGAGGGCUACUCAAGGCGUUUUGAAAUCCAGCUGAGAGCGAGCGUUGAAGAGCAAAGUUUAAAGGACAGAGACACAGUCACAGCAGGCAUCAAUGCUCAGGCUCGUAAGCUGCAGAAGAGCCGCUCCAGAGUGACCUCGCUGUUUGUGGACGGCAGCAGUGAGGAUGCGGAUGGACUCGGGAUCUGGAGGAGUCUGAGUGAGAUGGAUCUGACUGCGAUGGGGAAGGAGGCCAGCCGACAUGCCCAGAAGAGCGCGCUCAGAGAGGAUCCAGAGGCUGAGGCCGACAAGGAGGUGCUGAGACUCGGCAUGGAGAAGGAAGAGACUGAGAGCAGCGACGACAACACCACCCAGUACUCCAUUCACCCACCCUUUGACUUCCCAUACUUCCUCCUGCUGCAGGGCUACAGCCACAGACAGGAUUUUGUCAUUUACCUAAUGAGUGGGACUACCACCAUCUUCGGCUGCUGCAGGGAACACAGUAACGGAGAAGAUGAGGAGAGGUUAAAGGUCGACAUCCUCCUCUUUGCUCCUGAUGUGUUGCCUCAACACUGCUGCGUCAGACGCCUGGAAUCUAACAACUCAACCUCCACAGGGGAGCAGAGAAAAACACAGACAAUGCUGAAGCCCCUUCAUGGUGCUCCUGUGACCAGAAAUGGUUUCCUCCUUAAAGAGGAGGUGGAACUGAACCCGGGGGACUUGGUGGGCCUGGGGAAACACUACCUGUUCAUGUUUAAGGAUCCUACCAGCACGUCAGGAUCCCUCCAGACCCCUCCAUGGAUGACCACCCUCUGCCCGGACUCUGAUGCAAAGACAUCUUGUUUAUCAUGUGGCUCCUCCGUCGCUAUCAAAAGGCUCCAGAAGAAGCCGUUACCUCCUCGUUGGAGGGACCUGGAGGGCACAGAGGCUCUGGUUAUCUAUGAGCUGGAGCAGGAGGAGCAAGUCCUGCAGGAGAUUUUGGAUAUGAUGGACCCAAGUGGAAAUGAACCAAAGCUGACACCUGCCUUCCUUUUGAGCCUCUGCAUCCAGCACUCAGCCUCCACGUUCGAGCUGACGCACUUCAGACAGCUGCUGCUCCGGAUAGCUGGACAGAUCCAGCUCGUUAUGUGGGAGAAGACAAAGGAACUUGCAGCAAUCCAGCCUGAAACGAGCUCCAGUGACGGGCAGCCUGAGCAUCUUCAGCUGCUCAGCAUGGAGGAGCUGAUCCCAGGCCUGCAGCCUCUGGUGCUGUGGAUGGCAAACUCCAUUGAAUUGCUACACUUCAUCCAACAUGAAGUCCCUCAGCUGCUGCCCUGGAGGCAGGACCAGGAGGACGAAGGUCUGUUGGAUUCUGAGAUGUCCUCCACUCGGACAGCCUGUGAGGAAGCCAUGACAGUCCUGGAAGAAGUCAUCAUGUUCACUUUCCAGCAGUCGGUCUACUAUCUAACAAAGAGUAUGUAUUCAGCGCUGCCUGGUCUGCUGGAUGGGAACCCGUUCUCAGAGAGCGGUCAGCUGCGAGUGCCUGAUGGACUCAGCGGCAUCCUGGAGGUGCUGAAGGAGGCGCUGAAGCUUCUCACAGCCUUCCAGGUCCAUCCAGACAUCUCGUUACAACUCUGUGCCUACCUGUUCUUCUUCAUCAACGCAUCGCUGUUUAACGCCCUCAUGGAGAGAGGAUCUGUCACUGGGUUCUAUCAGUGGUCCCGAGGAGUUCAGAUCCGGGCCAACCUGGACCUGCUGAUGGACUGGAUCCAGAGCAUCGGUCUGGGCGAUCUGGGUAACGAGUUCUUCCAGAAGCUAUCUGCUGCUGUCAAUCUGCUGGCCACACCCAAAGAAACCCUCCUGCAGGCAUCCUGGGCUUCUCUCAGGACUGAGUUUGCUGCCCUGAACGCUGCUCAGCUUCACCACAUGUUGAGGGAGUACAACUCUGGUAAAGCCUGUCCUACUGGAUGGAGACCGUCACCGGAUGAUACAGAGGGCGCUGUCAGGACGGCCGACAUCCUGGAGAGCUUUGACAGCCACCCGCCGCUCAUCCUGCCCAGCACCACCUUUCACCUGGAGCUGGGUAAACCCGUUGUGGAGCCCUCUCUGUUCGAACAGCUCGGUCAUCUGCAGGAGUUCAUACGCCGACUCCCCUGCAGUGAAACCCAAGCCGAGCCUGAAGUAGAGGAACAGACUCUCAACGGGACGGCCACAGACAGCCCGUCUGGAACCUCACCCUACGUCAGAGUUUUCCAGGAUCCUGCCCAUCAGGUGGUCUCUGACCCGGUUACCUGCCCCUCUCCUGAGACACACCUGGACCGAACAGAGCCGGCUCAGGCCCGAGGAUCUCACAGUGACCUGAGCAGCUGUGAGGCAGUUUUGACCCAGAAGCUGAAGAGCCUGGAGCUGCAGAACACCCUCCCAGGACAGGCCGACAUGGGCUACCACAAGAGCCUGGCGCUGGACCCGUCCUGCUUGCUGACGCCACCCAACACCCCGCAGGGUAUGGAGCUCGCAGAGUUAGAGGCGGAUCUGCAGGAGGGCGCCCGCCAGCAAAAGAAAGCCGGUGGAUGUGCUGAGAGGAAGAUGGAGAAUGUAGAAAAAGAAGAAGAAGACAGAGAAGAAGUGUUCACGGUGGAGCUUCACAGAGGACCUCAUGGUCUCGGCCUGGCGCUCGUGGACGGGAUGAAAACUCCUCUGAGAAUGAACGGUAUUUAUGUGAAGUCUGUGGUUCCGGACUCUCCUGCUGCUCAGUGUCAGAAACUGAGAACGGGCGAUCGCAUCCUGGCUGUUAACGGCAUCAGCGUGGUCGGUAUGGAGUAUAAUGUUGGUCGAGAACUGAUCCGAUCAUCCGGGGACUCUCUCCGACUGCUGGUGGCCAAAAUUGACCCGAAGGGAAGCAACAAGAGCUCAGCUGCGACUUAAUGCUGAAAGAAGAGCUGUGUGUGGACGUUCAAGUGCAAUUGGGAAUACUUGGAGGACGUUUAGUUCAUCCUUCCUGCUGCAUCCAAAGUCAGUAUUUCUCACAGGAUGAAGGAAAAACACACUUCCUGCUUCUCAUUUCAGACUUGUUGUGAAGUAGAGCUGUUUUCUGUGCGUUGAGACAAUCAACCCAAAGCAGCAGGACUCGAGACUGAGGGCAUGGUCGAAUUUUCAGAAGCUCAUUUUGCUGUCACAGCUUCUCUGUGUCCUAUAAACAAACUCGGCUCCACAUUCAUAAACCAUGCGGGUUUGGCGGUGAGGAAAGUAGCUGCCUGUGGCAAAUUGUGAAACAUCUAUUUAGAUGUCUGAGAACACAGCAUUCUGUCUGCACAGAAUCGAGAUUCAUGUCUUGAAACAACUGGAAAUAUUCAUUUUUAAAUUAUGACUGUUUAUUUACACAACAAGAACUGCAUUUUACCCAUUUGUCAUUUUUUAAAGAGUCAUGCAAUCCCAUUUCUUUGCAAAAGUAAACGAUCUGUAGUUGGGUAUCAUAUUUGCACAAAUAUAUUUGCAGUUUUUGUUGCAUUUACACAAACUGGAGGAUCACAUGCUCCUCUUUAAAGCAGACAUGAUACUUUUUUUAUCAUAUGGUUUAAAUUACUUGUAGAGAUUAUUCUGCAUAGAGUCAUCACCUGAAUCUGCAGCUCUUCUCGGCUUCACUGAGCUUAUAGUGAGUUUCAGCUCAAUAUGCAUCUGUUCUGCCAACAACUUUACUGUUCUGGUUCGAUCUCACUGCUCGCAUAGUGAGAAAAGCUGUAAAAACCCACAGUACACUACCUGCUCAGCAGCAAACAGCAGACAGUCACAGUUAGAUACCAGUUGGUGAGCAUAGUGGAGCAUUUAGCAGCUAAAGACUAUUUCCCUCAGGAGGUGGUGAAGACCAAAAACAGAACUAAAAGAGACUGAAUAUUGCAACAAAAAAAAAAACUGCCAAUGAAUAAAAAUGCUCUCCUGGAACUGCAGGAUCUGUAAAUAAGCAAGUACAUGUUUUAACUCCUCAGCUCCAAAAACCAUGAAAGAAUCCUCUGGGGAAGAAAAAUCUCUCAUAGCAGUACACAGUUUAUCUGAGUUUUUGUGAAAAUGCUAAAGGAAAUGCACACUUCAAGAAUGGACAGUCUGUCAUAAUGUUCAUGUUCCUCUGCUUCAGUUGUUGGUAUGUUUUGGGAUCUUUUAUUGGAGUGACAUUCACACCUACACACAAAUAUGUAAAUAAGUUUAUAUUGAAAGAAAUUAAUAGUUCAACAUUUUGAGAAAUAAGGUUAGUCACUUUUUUUGGCCACAGAUGAGAAAUUUCUUAUCUAACUGUCGGCAAGAAAGUGAAUCAUCUUGAACUUUUCCUAUAAAGCCUUACUGUGGGAGGUUAGGACCCAGGUCAUCAUACAUCUCAGAGUUACUGUUGAUAUGAAAAACAUCAGCAGACGUGUUUAAAUAUGUUUUUAACACUGUAGAACGACAAACUGCUGCAGCCCUCAUCUGAAGUCUGUCCGUGUUUCAUCCCAAAUGUUUUAAGUAAAGUUCAACUAUAUUGACACACAGUAUUAUUCACAGUAUUUUGUAAUAUUUAUAUUGUGCCGUAUUUUUGAAACUAUGGAAUAAAUAUUAUUUUGACUUUGAAGAUCUUGAACUCCUGGAUUUUUUUUUGGUU